AUUGGUCCGUUAGCUCCUGUUUUGACCACGUGACAGAGAAGAUGGCCGCCUGCACCGUCGGGAAGAAAGAUGGUCAGGACAGUGUCCUGGAGCCGCUGUGUUUCCCAGAGCAGCCAGCCACCAGCACCAGUGCUCCCAGUCUGCAGGGUCCCAGCGCAGAGCUGCUGGUGUGCCUGUUCUGCCCGGAGUCCGUCCCUCUGCAGCAGAAAGACGUCCUCCUCAGACACCUGCUGCUGGAGCACAAGCUGGUCGUCGCAGACGUCAAAUUGAUCGCAGACCUCCCGAAGUACAUGCUGUACUGGAGGGGCAGAUUCUUGGAGCAGCCAGUCACAGAUUUCUGCAGCGUGAUCAAGACAAACUCCACCGGUCCGGUCGAGAAACAGGAGGACUACUUCCUGCUGUGUGACGUCCUUCCAGAGGACCGAAUCCUCCGAGAGAGACUCCAACAGAAACGACUGGAGGAGGUGCUGGCGCAGCAGCAGGUGGAGAGAGACGACAGCAGCUUUCAUCAUCUCUGCAUGUUCUGCAGUGAAGAGUUCACAGGAAACAGGUCGUCUCUGCUGAACCACAUGGCCAGAGAACAUUCCUUCAGCAUCGGACUGCCAGACAACAUCGUCUACUGCAAACAGUUUCUGGACACUCUGCAGAGCAAACUAGACAAUCUGCAGUGUUUAUACUGUGAGAAAACCUUCCGAGAUAAAACCACGCUGAAGGACCACAUGAGGAAGAAAGCACACCGCCGCAUCAACGCCAACAACCGCGAGUACGACCACUUCUACGUCAUCAACUACCUGGAGCUGGGGAAGACCUGGGAGGAAGUGCAGAGCGAGGAUGACCGCGAGCUGGUAGACGACGAUGAUGACGAUUGGUCGGACUGGCGGGCUCAUCCGGUGUCUGCCGUGUGUCUGUUCUGUGACCAUCAGUCAGAGACGAUGGACCAGAUGUACACACACAUGAAGGAAGCUCACGGCUUUGAUCUCCAUCAGCUGAAGACAGAACUCAAUCUCAGGUUCUACCAGCAGGUGAAACUGGUGAACUUCAUCCGGCGGGAGAUCCACCAGAGUCGCUGCUACGGCUGCCAGGAAAAGUUUGACUGCAGAGAUGACGUCCUGCGUCACAUUGUGGACGAAGGUCACGUGAUGAAGCUGCCAGAUGUGUCCACCUGGAACCAACCACAGUAUUACUUCCCCACGUAUGAGAACGACGCCCUCCUGUGCACGCUGUCCGACAGCGACGAAGGUGAAAGCGGGGAGACGAGCCACGGCGAGGACGUCCCGGUCAUCGCAGAGGACAUGUCCGACCUCAGAGCGCUGAAGCAGAGCAGCGUCCUCAACCAGCUGCUGAAGAGCAGAGGCUUCAGCAGCUGAGACGAGGACAGUUUGGACGGUUCAGGCUUCUCCUGCACACACGUUUCUGCUGGAUCUGCUUCGCUCUGUAAACCCUCCAGCACUGAAACCGUCCUCUGCAGAACCAGUGAUGACAGCAGUGAAGCAUGCUGGACUGUCGCAGCCAUCAGAGCAGCUCAAACAUUCAGGAGCAGAUCAUCCUUUAGUUUCUACUCGAUCACAUUCAAAAAAUAAAGACACAGACAGACCUUUUCUUGAAUAGUCCCUUUAUUGCAUAAAGUAAAAAUGGUUGAACCAGAACUGAAUGAAUGCAAAUUCAUGACAACUGCAACACAGAUGAAACUAAACUAAACUAAAGCAACCGGAGGAUCCAACAACAGGAAGCAUCUUCCAGCUGUUCCUGAUCAAUAAAUGUUGCUGCUGCUUCGUCUACUUCGCAGUCUUGUUGUUCUUAGGUGGUCCGAUGUUUUGCGUGGCUUUUCCGAGUGAAACUUGCCGAACGGCGGAACCAAACUGCAGCGUGCUGAGCGUCUCCACCACGUCCUGGACGUCUGGACUCACAUUCACGAACACGCAGCACUGCAGACCAACCAGAGGACUGUUAGUGACAGCAUGUGACCUGCAGACCGUCAGCCUUUAGUGCAACAGAGCAGGACAUCAAACCAGGAAUGAUCGAAUUCAAUGAGCUCUGUGAUGAUGAUGCUCUCUGACGGCCACAUUAUGUUGUACAGACUGGUAUUAGCUUCAGGAGAACACCUGAACACUACAGGUCCAUUUAUCAUUUAAACAAUAAAUA